CAUGUGACUUCAGUUGGAAAAAUGAAAACAGGGCAUGUCCCGCUGACGCAUCUACUUCUUGUUUUCAUCCUUUUUUUGCUUAUUUACCGAAGCAGCCAACAAAACGAACCGCAGAUAUGUAAACAGUGCAGCGGGACGUUGCAAAAUGAUUCCUUUGUGGGUCAGUUUUGCUUUUCAUACGCUGGUCGUAUUGAAGGACGCUGCUGCCUUGGAAAUGAAACGAGGGGCCGUCAACGCAUUACCGGGGUGGAUUUGUCUAAUUGCAACUUAACUCACGUGGACAAUCUUCAGGAUGCAUCUGCUGCUUUAAUAAUCGAUCUGUCGUCGAACGCCAACGUCAACGUGAGCGACUCGGCGUUUGAAGGAUUUCGCAAUCUGAGUUACUUGAUUUUGCCUGCAGAUAUAGCAUGUCCUGGUGGGAAUUCUUCCUGGGAUAGGGUGGAGAUAAGAGAGGGAAAGCACUUUUGUGAAGGCCAGAGGAACAUGUGUAAUCAGCCUGGGAAGAUGUCUGCUGACUGCCCCGAGUACUCCCGGUGCGAUCCGUACGGGCCUGGCUUCUUCGAAUGCAACUGCGCUGACAACUAUCAUGGAUACAAGUGUUUGCGUGAGGGGAAGUUUCCAGUCUUUCAGGUGUUCGGAUCUCUGGGUGCCUCCACAUUUGUGCUUUCCUUGUUGUUAUGGUUCACCCAGAGGCGAAAGGCAAAGUCUCUGUAGGAUCUAAUUUUGUUUUUUUAAUAUGUGCGUUUAUCUACUGUUAGCUAAAAGGGAAGAAAAUGUUUUUUUUUGUUUUUUUUUAAAAGUAUUUUACUUGUGAAUUGUAUUUAUUCUUUCAGUAUUGAUGCUGAAACUUUAAUAAUUCAUUCACCGUCACUGACAUAAACAGACAAAUCCAUUUGAACUGGGAGGGUGGCAGCGAAUAAACAAACGCCAACCCUCCCACUUUUAAUGGAUUGGACAUCUAUCGCCGUCAAUGGCUGCCAAUGAGUUGGAAUUGGAGGCAAAAAAACCACUGUAUUAUGAUGCUGUUUUGGCUUGUAUAUGAACACUACGUUGCUGUUGUGAUGAUGCAUGCGACAUUAAAAUGUUUUUAUAAAAAAAAAAAAAAUUGCUCUGUAGUACUAUGAUACCACUAGAUGGCGCCAUCAUACUACUUUUCUGUUGAGAUACAGUAUUUUGUAGCAUUUCAAGGUACCUUUGAUUUUUGGAGGAGAAAUGUUUAAAAAAAACAUGUUUAAAAGAAACGUUGAUGCUAUGCUAGCUAGCUAGCUAGCUAGCUAAAUUAGAGGCUUCUGGUUGUAACUAAAUCACGAAAAGUGGGGGAUGUUUUUUUGAUUGUU